AUAAGUGAUGCUGAUGCUUUUCAGCAUUUAGGCAUCUUUUCACUCGCAGCACUAUGGCAAUUUCAACAUGUCAGAAGAUCACCUUCAUCUCUUGCAGCGUCCUGUGUAUGUCUUUAUUCUUACCCAAAAUGUUUUUAUCCAGAGGGAAGAAAGAAAUUGUGCACUCGAAGGUUGGGCCAGGGCAUUUUCCUCCCUUGCGAAACAGCCAUUCAUUCCCUGGAGAUCAAGAUAACUGGGACACAGAGUCUCAUUACAUCAAGCAUUACAACCCAGAGGCCAUCGCCAGAGCCAAGGGUGCUGGCAAGCCAAACCUUCUGGGUCAGGUGAUCCCUGUCUAUGGUUUUGGGAUCUUACUUUAUAUAAUCUACCUGUUCUUUAAGCUGACAUCUAAGGACAAACCUCCCCGACAAGUGUGCAGAUUUCCUAUACUGCAGCCAGAAUGCACAUUUGAAGAGAUGCCUACUUGUCAGCUGGUCCAGCUGCAUGCCAAAAUGAGUGAAAAAGUGAGAGAAAAGAGGAUAUCAAAAGUUGUCCACUCAUCUGCCAGGUCACGCAGGGAGACAAGGAGGCGAGAGGAGAGAAAGUUGAAACAGUUGAGGGAGAUCACCCACAUUAUGCGGGAAAGACAACUGCGAGAGGGAGCAACCCCAGAAGAGGAGGCUGAGGAGGCCCCCUAUACUGCAGACUGGGAAGGCUAUCCAGAGGAGACCUACCCAGAGUAUGAUAUGCCCUGCCGCAGACGCAGGUUUCCUAGCGUUAUCCUAGAGGAGCCAGAUCAAGUUAUAUUCACAGCUGAGGAGCUAGCUGAGAGAAUGGAGAAAGAAGAGGGAGAAGAUGAGAAUGAGUCAGUUGACAAUGACUUGUGUACUAAUGAGAAUGUGAUGAAAGAUGAACAAGAAGAUGAAGAGGAAGAAGAAAAUGACGAGGAAGAGGAAGAUGAGGAGGAAGAGAUUGGAGAGGACCAGCCCUGUCUUCCUAAAUGUAUUGAUGAGGACGAUGAGAGACUUAAGUUCAUAGGUGAAAGGGAAGAGGAACAAAAUGCAAGCAAGAGAAGACGGCAAAUCACCUUCAGCGAUCACAGACAUGUCUACCAUUAUCCAAAGGGUGGUGUUGUUGGCUGCAAGUUUGAGGAAGAGGAUGAGGAAGAGCAUGAAGAAGGAGAAGAAGUAGAAGAGGAGGAGGAGGAGGUGGAGGAGGAAGGGAAAGAAGAGGAAGAAAAUGGUGAUGACGAAGACUGCGAAGAGGAAGAUGGGGAGGAAGAUCAGUGGAAUGAAGAAGGGCAGAGUGAUAAAGAGGAGAAAGAGGAGGAUCCACUGAUGGAGGCUGAGAGUCUGGGAUUUAAUGAUGAUGUCGAAUGUGAUCCUGAAGAGCAGGAAGUAGACCUCAUUGACUUCCUUCAAACAUACCAACCUGAAGUAACUGACAUCUCCAGUCAGUCACAGUCACCCGAAGCUCAGGCCUCUGGGACACUUAGAAUGCGUCACAAGAAGCAAAAAGUGUAG